AAAACAUGGGUGGCAACAGAGACCGCCAUGGCCGCCGCCACUGUCGUCUCCUCUCUCUCUUCCCGUUGAUCAUCUUGUGCCUACUGCCGUGUCUAUCUAAGGUUGGCGCGUCGGGCGGAGAAGGCAGGGGAAUGUCUGACAUCGUCGUGUACGGAUACGCAGUCCAGUCCACGGCCAUUGAACCAUCAAGAGCAAUGUUGACUGCCGAGCUCCGCCUCAUCAAAGGGACCUCCAUCUACGGGCCCGACGUCGAGAAUCUCCACCUAGUUGCCAGCUUCGAAGCGGGCGGUCGUCUUCGAGUCCGAAUCACAGACGCCGACCACCGCCGAUGGGAAGUCCCCAACGACCUCAUCCCUCGUCAGUCUCCCUCCCCUCCCCACCGCUCUCUCCCCGCUCCGCCGCCGUCACUCUGCCGCUCCCAAUGCAGCCUCUCCACCGCCUCCUCCGACCUCGUCUUCACCCUUCGUAACACCACCCCCUUCUCAUUCUCCGUCUCCCGCCGCUCCUCCGGUGACGUCCUCUUCGACACCUCCACCUCCGACCCCUCGGCCUUCCUCAUCUUCAAGGACCAGUACCUCCAGCUCUCCUCCUCCCUCCCUGUCAGCCGCUCCUACCUCUACGGGAUGGGAGAGCACACGAAGCCGUCGCUCCGGCUCCUGCCAAACCAAACCCUUACUUUGUGGAACGCCGAUAUCCUCAGCUCGAACCUCGAUCUCAGCCUGUAUGGGUCGCAUCCGUUUUACAUGGACAUCAGGUCGUCCUCGGGCGGCCGCAGCGGGGGAGGUGUUGGGGCGGGCACGAGCCACGGCGUUCUGUUGCUGAACAGCAAUGGCAUGGAUGUGGUGUACACUGGUGAUAAGAUCACUUACAAGGUGAUCGGUGGGGUGUUGGAUUUGUAUUUCUUCCCCGGGCCGUCGCCGGAGGGAGUCAUGGAGCAGUACACCAAGCUCAUUGGCCGGCCGACCCCAAUGCCGUACUGGUCCUUCGGAUUUCAUCAAUGUCGGUGGGGUUACAAGAAUGUCGCAGACCUAGAGGGUGUGGUAGCUGGUUAUGCAAAAGCUCAUAUUCCACUGGAAGUUAUGUGGACCGACAUUGAUUACAUGGAUGCAUACAAAGACUUCACUCUCGACCCUAUCAAUUUUCCCAAGGAAAAGAUGAAAGAAUUUGUGAGCAGCCUUCACAAGAAUGGUCAAAAAUAUGUCCCCAUACUUGAUCCAGGCAUUAGCGUGAACGAGACAUAUGGGACCUACAUCAGGGGAAUGCAAGCCGACAUCUUCAUCAAACGUGAGGGUGUGCCAUAUUUAGGUAUUGUUUGGCCGGGGCCAGUGUACUUUCCUGACUUCCUUCACCCAUCUAGUGAGAGUUAUUGGGGUGGUGAAAUAAAGAGGUUUCAUGAUGUCCUUCCUUUUGAUGGCCUGUGGAUCGACAUGAAUGAGUUGUCCAACUUCAUAACUUCUUCGCCUCUUCCUUCCACUCUCGACAAUCCUCCCUACAAAAUCAACAAUUCAGGAGUUCACCGGCCAAUCAACAACAGAACUAUUCCUGCAACAUCACUUCAUUUUGGCAAUAUUUCAGAUUACAAUGCUCAUAACCUCUACGGACUCUUGGAAGCCAGAGCAACAAACAAGGCCUUAGUCAAUGUUACUAGUAAAAGGCCAUUCGUUCUCUCAAGAUCAACUUUUGUGAGCUCUGGCAAGCACACUGCACACUGGACUGGAGACAAUGCCGCCACAUGGGAUGACCUGGCUUACUCAAUUCCUGCAAUUUUAAACUCUGGGCUCUUUGGAAUUCCAAUGGUAGGAGCUGACAUAUGCGGUUUCUCUCAGAACACAACCGAAGAGCUCUGCAACAGAUGGAUUCAGGUAGGGGCCUUUUAUCCCUUUGCAAGAGACCAUUCUGACAAGAAUACUACUCGUCAAGAGCUCUAUCUCUGGGAAUCGGUCGCUACAUCCGCCAGGAAGGUGCUCGGGCUUCGUUAUCGCUUGAUCCCAUACUUGUAUACCUUGAUGUAUGAGGCAAAUAGAAAGGGCAUACCCAUUGCCCGGCCCCUAUUUUUCUCAUUCCCUGAGGAUACGAUGACUUACAAUAUCAACUCCCAGUUCUUAAUUGGGAAGGGCGUGAUGGUGACUCCUGUACUAAAAUCAGGUGCCCAAACUGUGGAUACUUAUUUUCCGAGUGGAAAUUGGUUUAAUCUGUUCAAUUACUCCAAUUCGGUGAGUACAACUUCCGGAAUGAAUCUAAUGCUCCAUGCGCCGCCUGAUCACCCUUAUGUGCAUGUAAGGGAAGGUAAUAUAUUGGCAAUGCAAGGAGAGGCCAUGACUACAAAAGCAGCUCGGAGAACGCCAUUUGAGCUCUUAGUUGUGGUCGACAAGGAUAGGAAUAGCUCGGGGCAAGUGUUCUUGGAUGACGGAGAGGACGUCGAAAUGGGUGGGGAAGGAAAUAAGUGGACUCUGGUGAAGUUUUAUUGUGAGAAAACAGGGAAUGGUGUUGUUGUCAGAUCAGAAGUUGUUAAUGGGGAAUUUGCUCUGAUUGAAAAGUGGGUCAUUGAUAAGGUGACCAUUCUAGGAUUGAGAAAAGGAACUUGGAUGACGAGACUGAGAGGGCAUGAGUUAUCCAAUGAUGUUGAAGCAACGUCUGGACAGAGAAUGGUGAAUACAGUGGGAAAAUCGAGUGAUGGUGGAGAGUUUGGAAUUGCUGAAAUCUCAGGAUUGUCACUUCCAUUGGGAAAGACAUUCAAGUUGGAAGUGAAAUUGGGUCAAUCCUAAGACAGAUCAUUAUCAAAAGAAACUGUUCCGGGUGUAAUAAAGAACGAAAGCAUUCCUCCAAUAAGUUUGUGUGUUUCCAAGAGGAAAAAGCACACGAGUAUCAAGCCACUUCUUUUCCGUCAUGGGCUCUUUCUUUUUUCCCCAUUUUAAUUCGAGUGUGAAGCUUUUGAA